GUCUUGCACAGGUGUACCGGCUCCUCCCCUUCAGUCUUGCACAGGUGUAGCGGCUCCUCCCCUUCAGUCUUGCACAGGUGUACCGGCUCCUCCCCUUCAGUCUUGCACAGGUGCACCGGCUCCUCCCCUUCAGUCUUGCACAGGUGUACCGGCUCCUCCCUUUCAGUCUUGCACAGGUGCACCGGCUCCUCCCCUUCAGUCUUGCACAGGUGUACCGGCUCCUCCCCUCCAGUCUUGCACAGGUGUACUAGCUCCUCCCCUUCAGUCUUGCACAGAUGUACCGGCUCCUCCCCUUCAGUCUUGUACAGGUAUGCUAGCUCCUCCCCUUCAGUCCUGCACAGGUGUACCGGCUCCUCCCCUUCAGUCUUACACAGGUGUACUGUUUCCUCCCCUUCAGUCUUGCACAGGUUUACUGGCUCCUCCCCUUCAAUCUUGCACAGGUGUACUGGCUCCUCCCCUUCAGUCUUACACAGGUGUACUGGCUCCUCCCCUUCAGUCUUGCACAGGUUUACUGGCUCCUCCCCUUCAAUCUUGCACAGGUGUACUGGCUCCUCCCCCUUCAGUCUU